AUGCUAGUGCGAGCGGGAGAGCGUUGGCGCGUGGAAUACGACCUCUGUCGGUAGGGGAAAAUGUUCCCCGGGGUGCCGAGGGUCUGGAGACCGGGGGAGCGUAGCGCCGUGGGGACGGGCACGCUGAUGCAAAAUGCUGGAACUCGAGGUCUAAAAGCAGAGCGUGUGGGACCGCUUGGACGAGCUGGGCCACGACCCGGUACUAGGCGAUUAAUGGCCGGGACGACUGCCGAAAUUGGCGCAGUGGGGUGCAAAAGACGCUCCGCUGUCGCCUCGCUGAGGAGUUGCUCCACCGUCUGCGCUUUGUUCACGGCUUGCUCGAACGACGUCGGCCCAUCCAGUUUCACGAAAUACCGUACAUCCCCACGUAGGCGGGAGACAAAUUCCUCCAAGACCCGGUCCUUCUGA